GCUCAGGGGCUGCUGAGGGUGCUGUUGAUUGGUUUUAGCUGCAGUUGGUGUGGGGAAUCGCUCGGUGACUAGCUGCGCCGCUCCGCGGGCCCGGCCCGGCCCGGCCCGGCCCAGCCCAGCCCCUCCCGUCCCGGCCUGGCCCGGCCCGGCCCGCCUGACUCCGCCCGGGCCCGCUGGAAAAGGAUACAUGUUAACUUCAGAUAAAGGAGCAUGUUCCCAAAUCCCUCCAAUGUGGGUUGUCCACCCUUCCCUCCAAAAAAUCAUCGACAGAGUAAUUUUGUAAAUAAGCCUCCUCUAAAUAGACUACCUACUCAUAGCCCUCACCAGCGAGUUUUUGAUGCUCAGUUUCAUUUUCAGAAUACACGGGCUUAUUUGUGUGGGAAUCGUGCAACUAUUCCAGCUGUUACACUGCAUCCAGUGACUUACGGAAAUGUCAGUUCAGCACAUACAGCUAAUGUCCCCAUGCCAUUCCAAGGAAGAAAGAGACUAAGUGAAGAAAGUGUUUCACCUGGUUUCAAACGGAGACGUCUUCAUUCAGACACUUCUGAAGCAACUGUAGUUAACCAAGCAGUGCCUUUACCAGAAAGACAUAGAUACUCCUUCCCAGAAUCAAUUCAGUUUCCAGUGUCCCAUGCACAUUACAGUCCAGGAAGUGUUCCUCUGUUGCAAGAUACUGUGUUUUCAGACCCUGUAGAAACCACACUCCCUGUGGCCAAAGAUAAGUUAAGUCAGCAGGUUUUGGAGGUGUUUCAAGCAUGUCAGCAACAGACCUGUGACUUGAACAGAAAGGAGCUCUGUAGGAUAGAACUCCAGAGAGAACUUCAGCAAAUUUUUCCACGGAGCAGUCUCGUUUUGGUUGGGUCUUCACUGAAUGGGUUUGCCACUCGUAGCAGUGAUGGUGACUUGUGCCUCUUGGUUAAAAAAGAACCAGUAAAUCAGAAGACUGAAGCAAGGCGUAUACUCAUCUUAGUCCAAAGACUCUUCAGUACUAAACUUUCAAGCUACAUUGAGCAACCUCAGCUGAUUCGAGCAAAAGUGCCAAUAGUGAAGUUCAGGGAUAAAGUCAGCUGUGUGGAAUUUGACUUGAAUGUAAACAAUGUUGUGGGAAUAAGAAACACAUUCCUUCUGAGAGCCUAUGCAUACACUGAGAAUCGAGUUCGUCCAUUAGUACUUGUUGUUAAGAAGUGGGCGAGUUUUCAUGACAUAAAUGAUGCCAGUCGGGGUACUUUAAGCAGCUAUAGUCUUGUGUUGAUGGUUUUGCACUAUUUACAGACCCUACCUGAACCCAUCAUUCCUUCCCUCCAGAAGAAAUACCCAGAAUCUUUUGAUCCUGCUAUGCAGUUGCAUCUUGUUCGUCAAGCUUCAAGUAACAUUCCUCCUUACCUCUCAAAAAAUGGAUCAAGCCUUGGAGAUUUGCUAAUAGGCUUCUUCAAAUACUAUGCCACAGACUUUGAUUGGAGCCAUGAAAUUAUUUCAGUUCGCGAGGCCAGAGCUAUUCCAAGACCUGAUGGUAUUGAAUGGAGAAACAAAUUUAUUUGUAUAGAAGAGCCCUUUGAUGGGACAAACACUGCUAGAGCUGUACAUGCAAAACAGAAGUUUGAUAUUAUUAAAGAUGAAUUUCUGAAGUCUUGGCAGGUAUUACAAGACACGAAAGACCUGAACUGUAUAUUACCCCUAAGUGCAACCACACAGAACAGAUAACCUUCUUUCACUUUCUUCUUAUUGGAUCCUGCUGAAAUGAAGAACAGUAUCAAAAUCAAGAAGCAGAUGCCCUGGGAAUUUUUAUGACAUGUUUUUUUCUGUAAACUUUUGUUAAGGAAAUAUUUUUAAGAAAAAAUGCAUAUUUUAUUAUCAUCAUUUGUUAGUACAGCAGUUGUUUCAAAGAUAUGUUUUCUGAAAAUGCCUGGGUAGUUGACUUCUAAAAGAAACUCAAAGCAGCAGACCACAAGGAUAAACCCAUUUCAAGGAAAGUACAGGAAUAUACUGACUUCUUGUUUCCAUAAUCUGUCUAAUUAUUAAUGAAAUUAAGACAUUCAGAGCUAAACAAUGUGCAAGUCUGACUAUAUCCUUAAGGACUUGCACACAGUACCCACUUUGUGAGGAACAGACAGCUCAUGCUUUACAUCUGCUUAAUUACAGUAAGCACUGUUGCUCAACUUGGCACUUUCCAGUUUUAUUUCCCUUUUACAUGGAAUAACAAGGAACAGUUUAUGAAAAUUAAACUAGAUUAUGGUUGGUAGUAUGCUCGAUAUCAAGAACUGUAAUCUGAACUGCAGUUCUAGGACAAGUCAAAAUAAAAAAGGACAAAUCAAUAUAUAUGAAUGUUUCAUAUUCACACAGUCUAGGCAAGAGGUUUUUUAGUGCUUCCUUUUACAUGUAUGAAGUACUAGUGAUGUCUGCUUUGGGGGGGGGGAAAAAAGGCACAAAAAUCCCCACCACAAAACCAAACAACCAAAAAAACCCCCACAAACCAAAAAACCUCCCAAACAAACCAAAACCAAAAUACCCCACAGACCUACGACUGCUACAAUAAGCCAGGUUUCUGUUUUAAUUUUGUGUAAAUAUUUGUAAAUGUCAGCUACUGUAAAUUGAAUUUAAAUAAUUAAUCUUGAAAAUUCUAUCUUUUUCAAAAUAAAGUUGUGAACACUCUUUAGACCUCCUGUAGCACAAUCUGUCCCUCUCAAGUAUUUGUUUAAGACCAAUUAAUUAUUAAAGUUUCACCAUUGAUGUCA